AUGUUAUGGAUAAUCGACCACCAUAACAGUCUACCCACUAUUCUAGUCUCUUCAGGAAAUGCUGCACGCAUCCUGGGAGUGAGUGUUGCUAGCAUAUCCACAAUAUUUGCAUCCCCAGCUCUUAUGCGGAUCGACAAACGGGUAUUAUUCAAACUCGCAUGUAAUGUUGUGUGUAAUAAAUUUGUGUCUAACGACUGUUGGCCUGAAGAGGAUGGAUCAGGGUUUGAUGGAGGUAUUAUAAAAGACGAGGAUGUUGAUGAAAUAGUGAGUAUUGAUGAUGACAAAAUAGGCAUGCAU